CGAUACAAAUGAAUUAUUAACAAUAAUAUUAUUCUAUAUGUCUAUUAUGAAGGAGGAUGCCGAUCUAAUGUUUAUCUCAUUCAAAGACACCAAUGCUCUUGAUGAAUUACAGUCAAACAUAAGCUCAACACGACCUGUUGUGACUUGCCUGGGUGACAAAUGGACAAAUCCACAAUGUUUUGUGUUUGUGGAUAAGCAGUGUUUGUGGGAGCACGAACCAUUAACAAUUCAAGAAGCUAUUCAAAUUAUGUUUAUGUCUUAUUAUGUGUUUAACAUUAAUUACCCUAAAGAAUUAGCUGGCAUACUACAGUUUAUCCAAAGUUGUAUGUUUGAYAUAAAUGUCGAAGGAAAUAAGGUUAAUAGGAGAAUUUUUAAUGACAAAUUUGUACCGAAAUUAUUAAAAUGUAUGAAAGAAUAUAAUGACUAUGUAUUAAAGUGGUCUAAUUAA